UCGGUGUGAUUAUACCGUUUCGUGUUGAACGGCGGCGGCCGCCUUUUACCCGUGCGCCGCUCAGCGCACUCACACGCGCGCGCGUGCGCUCGCGCCCGCCACCGUACUUACACGCACGUGGACACGACACCGUACAUUAUUAUUAUUAUUAUUAUUAUUACUACACUAUAUUCGUAUCGUUUUCGGCCGUUUUUCUGACAUCCGUUGUCGGAGAACCAGUGGUCACGCCGUCAGCCAAAAAUUAAUUGUAUCAUAAAUUUUUUUUUUUUUAAUGUUAUCUCAUUUCAACUGUGCGGAGUAGUGCAAUUUAUUUGUCAUUAGUUACCUACUAAUAUUAUUAUUAUUUUUUUAUUUUUUUUUAUUUUUAACGGUCGUACACUUAUCGCUAUCGCCCAUCACUCCGUCUCGUCGUGUACGUCGGUUUUUGGUCUUCGUUCGGUUAUUUUAAUCUUUCAAUAAGCGCUAAACGUCCGCGGAAAAACACGAGUUAUUGAUUGGGCACGAGCGGAGUUUUUGUUUUCGCCUCGCUCGCCGUCCGUGGCGCGCGCGCUUCCCGCCACCGCCGCCGACGACAACGUUGUCGCUGACGACGACUACGACGACGACGACGACUACGACGACGAUAACGGCAACGAGUGUUUUUCCGCGAACUCUUUUCUCGACUCCUCCGUCCGCCGCCGUACCCGCACGCGCCAAUACCAUCCCGCCCGGGUCAGGUUCUUGGCGCGCGCGUUAUCGCCACCGCCGACUAGACCGCUGACCGGUGUGAGCCACAGCUGCCACCACUGCCGGCGCUCUCGCCACUGCCGACGCGGCCGUCGGACACGAUUAACGGCCACGACCACGCGCCCCUACGCAUUUUCCUAUUUGUUAACGACAAAAUGAUCGUGAUCGAGUAAAUGAAGUUCAAUUCAUACAACCGUUUCAAUUUCAACUAUUUACGAUAAGACCAAGAUUCUUCAAUGAAAGUAAAAUGACUGCAAAAGAGAGUUUUGAGUUCAACACAAUCAUGAUAAAACCCAAGUCCAAGCACACUAUUAGACAUAUCUUAGAAUUGCCAUCCAGUUUGCCACCAUCUAAACGUCCUGCUGCCAAACCUCCAGAUUCGCCUUGGACGAAACGAAGAAAACUGAUACUUCCUCCAGUUAAUAAACAGAAAUACCUAGAACCUUCACCUUGGUUACAGACCAAUUUCCCGUUCAAGGCGUUUCAACACAAACUCGCCACUGACACUGCUGGUCCAGAAGACCUGUCAGUCCGGCGGGUGAGAUAUACACAAGCAAUGAGCAAAGAAGAAAAACUACCAACUAAUGGCGUGGGGUAUGCGGCCCAUCAGGUCGAUGGACAAAUGUCGACGUCAAAACGCAAGUCAUCGGGUGACGGAGCGGCGGCCUGCAACAAGGCCCAGUCAACCGUGGACGAGACGUUCGCGCACAAAAAAAGGAGACGAGCGCUGAAACAGAUGCAAGAGGUGGCCGCGGACAAGGACAACAACAAAGGCUCGUCAGAACAGCAGCAACAAGAUAACAACAACGGUGGCGGCAGUGCGGCGGCGCAAAAGACAAUGGUGCUGCCGAAGAAACGACCGCUGGCCGGUCAGCCAGCCACCGGGACAGCCACAGCGGCCGGACAACAGACGGCCGCUGCCGUGACGAAAAAACAGGCAAAGGCCAGCGGCGACGAAGCGGUGGACGACGAAACACUCAUACGCGAAACGGAAGCGGCGCUUAAGAGCCUAUCGGGCGGGUGGCCGGGCGCGCGGCACUCGUUUUACCGGACAGGACACGACGAUGACCGGUACGAGUCGCCGGCGUUCGUCAACCUGUUCGACGAAAAAAAAAUCGGCAACGGCAGCGGUGCUCAUCCGCCGCCGCCAACGGCCACCAGAGUGGACGAGAACAAGAACAACACGAGCGACGAAAAACCGACGCAGCCACAGCCGCCGCAACAACAACGCCGCGACAUCGAUCACAUUUUGCUCAACAAAAUCGAUAAAGAGUGCGAGCACAACAAAAAACCGGACAAAUACGCUCCGUCCAAAUACGAACCAGACUUUAACGAACUGGUAGACGAUUCGUCGGACGAACUCGAGAUCGAUAUGUCGGCCGACGGCGGCGGUGGCGACGGCGGCUGCAGUGGCGACGACGACAGGGGCGACGGUGGUGGCGGCGACGACGAUGACGACGACGACAACGACGACGACGACGAGAGCGGUGGCUGCGGCGGACGCGGCCGCGGCAGAGGUCACGCCGGUGGUGACCGGCUUCGGCGCAAGAUGGACGUGGACCGCCGGAACAACAACAGUCACGUGCGCCCCAACGAGAUGAUGACUUCUCUGAAGUCCGAGACCGAGUCGUCGUCGUACGACGCGUACCUGAUGGACAAGACGGCGUUCUCUGCGUUCCGGCCGGUGGCCAGCGGUGUCGUCGGUGAGCCCAAAGACCCGACCCGCCUGGACCUACCCACCGCAGUCGGCGCGGCCAUGUCUCCACUGGGACCG